AUGCGCUCCGCCGGCCUGCUGCUGCUGCCUGCGCUGCUCAGCAGCGCGCUGCCCUUGGCCAAGGGCGAGUCGGCCACCUACUGCGUCAAGUGGCGCGCCACCUCCAGCUGCGACCCGCACGGCCAGCGCGAGCCGCAGAACGACGCCGCGUGUUCCAAGCGCAUCGCCUCGGGGCUCUCGGGCUUCUGCGAGUGCGAGGGCCGCCGCCGCGUGCGCGAAGUGGACUGCGAGCACCACGAGUUCACGUGCGAAGAGGCCUGCGCGCAGGACUCGUCCGCCGACCUCAGCUACCCGCAGGGCUUCGAGCACGUGACGUGCGGCAGCUCCAUCAAGCUGGUGCACGAGCCCAGUCGCUAUCGGCUGCACUCCCAUGAGAUCCAGUACGGCAGCGGCAGCCAGCAGCAGUCGGUCACGACGCACAUGGCGCGCAACGACGUCAACAGCUACUGGCUCGUGAAGGAGGGAGACGGCGAGGCCGCGUGCGAAGUGGGCAAGCCCAUUGAAUGCGGUGCCACGGUCCGGCUGGAGCACAUGCAGACGCGACGCAACUUGCACUCGCACAUGUUCAAGGCGCCGCUGUCGUCGCAGAACUUGGAAGUCAGCGCCUUUGGAGUCGCUGGGGAGGGCGACAGACUCGACACGUGGGUCGUCGAGUGCCAGGAGAACCAGCAGUGCUCGGCCGAGGGACAGUGCGAAGACGACGGCCUCUGGAAACGAGGAGAGCUCGUGCGCUUCCGCCACCGAUCCACCAACCACCUGCUGUCCACAAGCUCCACGUCGAGGUUCGACGACAGCAACUGCCCGCACUGCCCCAUCAACGGCCAGCAGGAGGUGAGCGCGAGCUCCUUCCGCAACGAAGACACACUCUGGUUCGCUGGAGAGGGGAUCUACGUGACGGAGUAA